CAAUUAAUUGAGGACGUCCCAUAAGUGCAUUAGGCUGUGCUUCCCAAAUAUGCACGCUCGUUCGGCCAUUGCUCAUCUUGGACCCAAGUCCUCCUCUUGCCAUCGCGCUCAAACCUUCAACACCACUUCUCGCAUUCACCAGGACAGAGUCGACGCGGAUACAUUAUAUCAAUAUAUUAACAGGAUACGAGUAGGUAUGGAUGCUGUUAACUUCACCGCGGCAGCGCGCAUUCGCGUCCUACUUGUUCCUGUCGGUCCCAUCAAGAGGUCCACCUUCGAGCGCCAUGUCAAGAUGCUCCGGCAACACAACGCUGUCAAACUAGAAGAAGUCUGGAUGGGCCCUCGUACAGAAAACUCUUUCUUUAGCCAGAACGUACCCCAUGAAGGUCAGCUCUAUUUCCAGUUCGCUACUUCGUACAACGCCGAGCAACAGUACCUGGAGGAGUUUCAAAUGCACCGCCGUAUCUUUGGAGUCAUUGGAAUCAUGGAUUGCCAAGAAUGGCCAGAUGGCAAUAUGGCGGCAGGAUAUCAACAGUUUCAGCAGAUUCUCUCCAGGUACCCAUCAGCGGUAGCGAACCAGUGCUUUGCAUUCGAUCCAUCGGAGCAGCAUCCGGACGAUCUACGAGGAGGCGGUGUAAUCAUGAUCCCCAAUGUCGGCAAUACAUCCUCCUACCUUCGCGUUUUAAUCUGUGACCUGGCCAGGAGUGUCUUGACCGAGUUCGAGAAUAUUGCCACGGCCAUUGGAAAGCGACAAGACAUCGAAUCGCCUAACCCUGCAAUCGCCGUGUAUGGGAGACAAGGGCCUCAUGGGGGAACGAUGCCGUUAGCCAAUACGCCUACAUUGCCUGACAUGCCUGCCAAUGGAAUCAAACCGUUGACAGCUCCGCCCUCAGCCAUGACCACCUCAGGAUCAUCAACGCACUCACGUACUCUGUCAUCCGCAGGGUUCACCUCCUUGAAUUCUACAAAUCAAUACGUACAGCCUAUAGUGGUGACGGAUCAGAGAUUGCGGAAGAGGACUGCUGCGAGAGCGCAAAAGCUGUAUGGGGACCUCUACUUGAUGGCAGGACGGUUGUCAGAUGCGGUGUCCAGUUAUCAGUCAGUAAUCGAGGCGACAAAGUCCAAUUCAGAUUUUCUGUGGCAAGCGAGCGCGAUGGAGGGGCUGUAUUGCGCUGUUGUCCUUCUAGCUUUUGUGCAGGCGGACCUUUCUCAAUUCCAACAACAACAGGCACUGCAAACCAUUACUUCACCCACUUCGCCCACAACCGCUGAACCCACCAAAAUACAGAGUACCCCUGCAAUUAAGCCAUUGAUCGUCGAUAUCCCUGAAAAGUACCAAACUAUCCUGACGCUCUACAACAAAGUGCCUGGCAAUGCGGCUCCUGCAAUUCUCUACGUAGAGGCGUGCAUGAAGGUUACCAAGUUCAUUGCGACCUGUUUUGUCUGCGGCAAUGGCAUUUUGGACGACCGUGCUCUAGCAGCAGUCGUGAGCGGUAACAUGUUUACGCAUUCAGACGGGACAGCAACGGAGGGGCAGCAACAGCCUAUGACCCAUUCACCCUCAGGAAGUCAUUCGCAACCAGCUUCGGGUGCCUCUGGACUUUUGCACCGUGCAUCGACUUUGAGGUCACGGACCGGUAGCAUCCAAACACCCAGCGUUGGCAUUACUAGGACGGAUAUCAUGAAUUGGGUUUCUAAGACCUGGACCGGUCGUUUGGACGAACUGUGGAUAAUUGACCAGAUUCACUUCACCACCACAAUCGCAUCCAUCCUGGGCGCCAUUCAGUUCCGCCGAAAGCAGUCACUCUACUUGAGAUAUGCGGUUCGAAUGAUUGCGCCCUUAUUGCACCAGACCCGAUUGGCACAAGCAGCCGCGGCACAGGCGAGUGGAUCACCGCCGAAGAAGCCCAUGAGCUCUGAUCACGGGGUGCUGGAGUGCUUGACACAAAUCUGCAAUGUCUUCGGCGUAGGCGAUAACUUUAUGUCCAAUAAUAAUCUCUACAUGGAUCACGGCUGGCCCGAGCUACAGAUUGAUGUGCUCUACGAGUGCAUCCGUGUUGCAGAAGCUGUGCCAGACUACAAGGCUAUGAUGCACUUUUCCUCAACACUAUUACGACAGCUUUAUGCAUACUUGACCAGGGAGGAGCAGGCUGGUCUGUACGCAUCCUUGCCUCGCAUUCUUGCAGCGGCCAAGAAGACGGGCGUGACAGAUAUUACUGAGACCAAGUACUGGAACAAAACUCUUGUGGUCGACAUCGAGGUUUGCUCGCCUUCAGCGCGAAAAAUGCCCUUUACACGGCCUAAGGACACUCUCAAGUCUAUCAUCCCCGAGACCACUCUUGCUGUCAAACCUACGGGCGAAGUAGAUCCGUUCAUCUACAACCCCUUCCAUCGCAAGGUCAACAAUGUGGCUAAAUUGGAUCUUGUUGCUGGCGAGACCGCCUUUUUUAUCGUUACUCUGACAAACCCCCAUGGUAUUGAUCUUGAAGUUCAAGAGAUUCGACUAUCGACCUCUGGCGUGGAAUUUGAAGCGAUUCCUACUUCAACCAUGAUCCCAGCUCAGACGACGGUCUCUAUCAAAGUAGCAGGAAUACCCAAGAACCCAGGAGAACUGGUUAUUCGGGGUUGUAUUGUUCAGAUAGCUCAUUGCGCAGAGGAAGAGUUCUUUGUGACAAACCCAAGGACCGGCGAGCCUGCUGACACCUGCAGUAAGACAGACACAGCUUCCAAUGAUGCCAUAGCUCGUUUUAAGAAGAGAGGCCUGGAAAGUUUUACGACCAAAAAAAUCAAGGACGGUGCAGCGUCCGAACCAAAGUUUGCAACUACUUCUGUCAUCCCGAUCCAACCUCUGCUGAAGAUUAGGGAGACUUCUUUACAGCAUGGGUCUGUUAUGCUGUUUGAAGGCGAAAGGACGAUAAUCCGUUUGACCUUGGAAAAUAUUGGAGCUAUUCCUGUGGACUUUAUCACGCUGACAUUUUCCGAUUCAACCAGCCAGCUCGCUCUUGGCAACAGCUAUGGCACUACUACCAAUAACGGGGUUGAGCUCUCUGCAGAGGAUGCCUACGAAAUGGAGCUAUUCUUGAAGAAGACCAAUGUCUUUUCUUGGAACAGGGAGGUGGAGUGUAAUAUUCCUGUUGGAGGCACGCGCGAAAUCAAGGUCGAGGUUCUUGGAAAGCGAGGAUGUUCUUCUGGAAUGAUUCAAAUCGACUAUGCAUUUCUUCAUAGAGAUGACGAUAAGGAUGCUGAAGAAUCUAACAUCUUUGUGACGCGGCAGCUGUUUUCGCAGGUGCUCAUGACAGUUUACAAGACCGUCGAGUCAUUGAACCUCGAUAUUCUUUAUUUACAGUCUCAUGGCGGUAUGGAUAUCUCUGUCACGGAGCCCAAUACUCCUGUCCUUGAAGGUCCCAAUGGCAGCAGUGGUACGUUCUCAAGUGCAGAUCCUGCAGUGCCAAGGAUCGAUUUCUCAAGCGACGGAUUCCUGGCUCCACCGGCGAACGACGAUAGCGAUAACGCACACACCUCUCAGCAGAAUUUGAAGACAAUUCAUAUCCAAGAACAAAAAGGGCUCCACAAGAGUUAUGGAGCUGGUCGUCGUGGGUCGCGGACAAUUAACAAACGACUGAGCUCAAAUUUCGCAAACGUUGACAAGCGGCAGUCUGUGGAGCAGCUGCUCUCGAAAGCACGGGGCGAUGCAAUUCUGCCAGGGGAACAGAUCGAAGCCGCCAUCUCUCGCCGCGUGGCACUGGGUACCAAGAACGAGUAUUGUCUGUUGACGCUGGAUGUUCGUAACGUCUGGACGGUACCUGUGGAGGUCGCGAUGCUUGUAGAUGACUCUGAGGACGGUGAAGGACUCGAUGUGAACAAGCUGAUUAAAUCGACGACGGUCAUCCAACCAGGCAACACUCAACGGAUCAUUUUACCUGUUAGAAGAAUGGUGCUUACGACGGAGCAGCUCUCGACACCGAUUCCAACGCUUUCAAACAAGCAAUUUGUCGUGGCCAGAGGUGCAGCUCUCUCAACAGAGGAGCUUGCGCUUGAGCGGGCGUUGUUCUGGUUUAGAGAAGAGUUACUCAAGCGUGUAGUGGCAAGAUGGACUUGCAAGGAUGCAUCUGGGCGGUUUGGCAAGUUUGACCUGAGGACUCUGCGGCUGACAAAGUCGAUGCUAAGCGUGCUUAAGAUCGAAGAUGUUUCCUUCUUGGUUGCACUUGAACCCACAACUGACGUGGACCAAGAGAGCAGCGAGUCAGGCCCCAAUGACGGCGAGGAGGGUGGGCUAUUGCGGCGAAGGCUAGAGCAGAUCGGCUCUAACCGCUGGAGAUGCCCUGUGGACCAGUUUGCGCAGGUUCGGUUCACGGUCGUGAAUAGAUCACAUAUGGAUGUGAAGCUGUGCCUGAGGAUGCAACCUGUGCAGGUGCUUGGAGACGGGACCAUGGAAUACGAUAUGGGCACAAAGAUGGUCUGGCAUGGCGUGUUACAGGCACCUCUUGCAAAGAUGCAACCGGAUUCAACCACGAGCCAUGUGUUGCCGGUGUGCUUCUAUAGCCGGGGCGAGUUCAAGGUGCUCUACCAUGCAGAGGAUGUUCAUCGACGCCUUGUGUAUUACGAUCAUGAACCACUGGUUAUCGAAGCAUUUUAAACGACUUAAUAAACUGGGAGGGCCACU